AUGGAAGAAUCUAAUAAUGACCGCUUUUCAGAAAGAACUAAAAAUUUCCAGAAAACUCCUGAUGAAGAUGAAUCUAGCAAGCGCCGCUAUAAUUUAUCUGUAAAGCUAAGACGUAAAAAACGAACUUUAGACUCAGCUAAAAAAAGAGCAUGCAAAACAGGAACAAUUCAGGCAUCAGGAUUAGAUGGGCAAGAAAUCUUAGUAAUCUUAUUAUCUUAUCUUAUGGUAUUUAUAUCGCUUAACGUCCACUACGGGGUUACAACUCCAGGUUUAUCACUCGCCUUUCGUCGCAUCGGGCCCACCAGUCUGCUGGAGACAAACUCGCUUCGAUCGCCAGGGUGCUUCCAGGGCAAAUGUCCACGCCUUCGACGGCUCAUGGAUGAGCUACUUGCUUGUACAUGGGUUGCUUUUCCGAAAAACCCAAAAAAAAUGGAUUUUUUCUGGUCGGCUAUCGGCAAAAAGGAAAAAUGCAAAGCCUGGGACGUAACGCCCAGUUUCACGCUAGGGAGUUGCCCGAAUGGUCCGAAGGACUUUGCUGGGCUUCCCCUUUCCAACCUUGCACCCUCCUUCCCCACGAGGAAAAAUCCACCCCUGAGAUUAGACUAGGGCUAGGCUCUGAAAGCUACCAGAAUUGCUUACCUAGCAUUGAUAAUCAAAAUAUGGCGUCUUCGUCUGGGCAUGGCCUCCCGGCCAUGCAGCCUCGACUCAUAUUUUAAUUAUAUCCGGCAAGGUUUUACCAUUUCAGAGAUGGACGGCAAUGCUAGGUAAGCAAUUCUGGUAGCUUUCAGAGCCUAGCCCUAGUCUAUUCUCAGGGGUGGAUUUUUUCCUCGUGGGGAAGGAGGGUGCAAGGUUGGAAAGGGGAAGCCCAGCAAAGUCCUCUGGACCAUUCGGGCAACUCCCUAGCGUGAAACUGGGCGUUACGUCCCAGGCUUUGCAUUUUUCCUUUUUGCCGAUAGCCGACCAGAAAAAUCCAUUUUUUGGGUUUUUCGGAAAAGCAACCCAUGUACAAGCAAGUAGCUCAUCCAUGAGCCGUCGAAGACGUGGACAUUUGCCCUAGAAGCACCCUUGGUGAUCGAAGCAAGUUUGUCUCCAGCAGACUGGUGGGCCCGAUGCGACGAAAGGCGAGUGAUAAACCUGGAGUUGUAACCCCGUAGUGGACGUUAAGCGAUAUAAAUUCUAAUGUAAUGUAAUGCUUACCUAGCAUUGCUGUCCAUCUCUGAAAUGGUAAAACCUUGCCGGAUAUAAUUAAAAUAUGAGUCGAGGCUGCAUGGCCGGGGAGGCCAUGCCCAGACGAAGACGCCAUAUUUUAAUUAUGAAAUCUUAGUAAUCAAUGAAAUUCCUACACAAUUAGUCGAACUGCGGCCAGAACUAGCAAGCACUGAAAUUUCUGAUAUAGAAAAGCUUAAAAUACUCAAAGAAAUUGCAGAGGGUAAUCCUCCAAUAAACAUCCUUUCUAUUAUCUUAGCUACUUUUAGAUCAAUGCUUGCAAUAGAGCAAGCAGCUCCAAUAGGAAUUUUUUCCAACCUUGGAAUAGGAGAUUUAUUAGUGAGAUGCUUAGGAAUUGAGUAUGGCGAUAUCAUACAAAAAGAAGCUGCAUGGAUCAUUUGUAAUUUAUUAUCGGGGCCUCAUGAUUAUGUCGAAAUGCUAUUAAAAAAAGAUCUUGUAAAUCAUCUUGCAAACGCUAUAGUUUUCAGUGCAAAUGAAGUCAAAGAGCAUUGCAUAUGGGCUCUAUCAAAUAUUGCAGGCGAUUGUAUGCAGUAUCAAAUUUCAUUAGUGAAUUAUGGGCUUGUAGAUCUGCUUAUUUCUGUUAUUACCAAUGUUCCAAAUGCUUCUCUAGAUUUAAAGAACAUUGUUUCACAUUGCCUUUGCAUUUUAUCAGGAUGUUCAAAUUAUAUUACAUGUGAUGAUACACAAAAGAUAAUUCAAUGUGUAUCGCUAUUAAUUGAUAUAGAUAAUGACGAAAUUCAUGCCAAUUGUUUGAGAACAUUAGGGCAUAUAAGUAAAAAAGAGAAUGCAAAGGUACAGCAAGUGAUCGAUUCUGGGUUAUUUACUUAUGUAAUAAAAGGAUUAGAGUAUAAUAGAAAUGUGAUUGUUGAGCCAUGCAUAAGGAUUGUAGGAAAUAUUAGUUCAGGAUCUCCAGCACAAACCCAGUGACUGCUUGAAAAGGAUAUAUUGAGCGUUUUAAUGAAUAUACUUGACAAUGAAGAUAUAAAAAUAUUGAAAGAUAUUUUUUGGACUAUCAGUAAUAUUGCAGCUGGCACCCCACUGCAGUCGGAAAUUCUCGUAAAUCACGAAAUUUUCCCAAAAGUUACAGAAAGCUUGAUUUACCCGAACUCAAUAAUUAGGAAAGAAGGCAGCUUUAUUAUAAAGAAUUUAUUCUCCUUACCCCCUCCGUGAGUGAACAAAAAAAUUUUGUUCGCUCACGGAGGGGGGUUAAUUAUUUAUUUUAAAAACAUUUAUGUUUUAAAAUGCAAAUUUUUAAAAUUAAAAGAGAUUUCAUUAUACUAAUUAUCACUUAUGUAUCAAUUUUUUUUUUUCAUAAAACAUUUUUCUAUUAAAAAAUUUUUGAUCGCUAGGUUUUUGGGCAAAAAAUAAUGAUUUUUCUAUGAUUUUGUUCACUCAUGGAGGGGGGGAGUUAGGUAAAAAUGAAGUAAAACUCAAAAUGAUUCAAAUGAACAUCAUUCCUCUGAUUACAGUAGCACUUAAAGAAAUUGAUGCAGAGAUGGUGAUGAACUUAUUGCAGGCUUGUGACUCAAUAUUAAGAUUAGGCCUAAAUGGAGAUGAAGAUACUAGUGCUUUUGUAUAUUUAUUUGAAAGCUCAGGGUGCCUUAACCAAUUAGAAAUAUUACAAAAUCAUAUAAACGAAGAAGUUUCGAAAUGCGCAGCUUGCAUUGUCGACACAUAUUUUGGAGCAGCUCCUAAUAGUGAUUUACAAAUUAAUUAUAAUUCAGAAGCAUUUCAAUUUUCACAGUUUAUUAAUUAG